UUGCAAGAUGGGCUAAGGGGACAGGGCGAAGCCGUCGUCCAGGGCGAACUUGUCGCGGAAAUCGAGUCCGAAAAACUGAAUUACGAACUUGAAGCCACUUCGGACGGCAUUCUCCACCACGCGGUUGAUGAAGGUGCGACGGUAGGCGUGGACGACGUGAUCGGCUACCUACUGGCCGAGGGCGAAGAAGCGCCACAGCCUCAGCAGGCUGCCCCGACCGUAGCGGCUGCAAGAUCGCCCGCAUCUGCGCCCCAGAGACGCGCGCCAAGCCGUGGCGCCGGUGAUGUCGUGCCGUCCACACCCGGCGCGAGACGACUCGCCGCCAGUCUUGGCGUGGACUUAUCUCAGGUGACGCCCACGGGCCCUCGCGGUCGUGUGGUUGACGCCGAUGUACGCGCCUACCACUGA